AUGAGUAAUACAACUGAUAAUGAACAACAAUAUAUUGAACAUCCAUGGCUCCAUCGAUUAAUUAAUCGACGAUCAUAUAAAAUAUCUGUAUUUAUAAUUGUUUUUGUCCUUAAUAUUGUUGAUCUACUUGUCGAUUGGUAUUUUUUUAUGUCAAAAGCAACAAUACAAAAAGGUUUAGUAUUUGGUCCACCACCACGUAAUACUCUACUAGCAAUAUUCAUAUUUUGUAUUAUAUCAACAUUUACAAGUUUACUUGAAAUAAUCCAAGUAAUUCGCGAUGCAUAUCAAAAUCGUUUAACAUCAUUAUUUGGUCAAAUAACAAAUUGUUUAACAUUAUGGUUUGAAGAUGUUCCAUUAUUAACACUUAAUCUUCUUAUUGUUAUUUGUCGUGAUGGUGAAGUUACAUAUAUUAGUUUAACAAAAGCAAUUAUUGGUAUAAUAGCUGCAUUAAUAAGAUUUUUGUCUAUACUUUUAAAUAAAUGGUUAAUACGUCAUGAUUAUCAACGUAAAGAUAAAUUAUCCAAAUUUUUUAAUACAACAUCAACAAUUGGUAUUAUAAUUGUUUUUAUAAUUUCCAUAUCAAUAAAUAUAAUCGCAAGUUUACCCAUUGAUAAUUUUGGACGUCUUUAUCUUGAAAAACCAUCUGAUUUUCAAGAAUUUAAGUUUGCACAUCAAAAAUAUUUUAAUAAUGUCGGAAUAUUUCUUCGUUCAUCAGAUAAAUAUAUUUAUUUAACUGAUAUUGAUAAUAUAAUUGAACAACAUUCUCGAACAUUUAUUUAUAGUAAAAAUGAAAAUGAAAAUAUUUUUUGUAUUAAACAAUUUAAUCAAACAUGUUUUAAAGAAUUGAAUGAUACAACUAUUUCUUCAUAUGAUCAACAAUUAACAAAUAAAUUAAUAAAUUAUACAAUUAAAUUUCAAUUUAAACAACCGGAUUUUUAUUAUUUACUUGGAGAUAUUAAUUAUAAUAUAAUUCGUUGUGAUUUAAAAGAUUUUUAUAUAGAUGAUGAUAAAAUUUCACUUCAUUAUUAUCGUUUUAAACAAAAUUUUAAUCAAACAAAAUUAUCUGUUGUAUUAAAUAAUAAUAAUACAUAUCGUUAUUAUGAUGUUAAUAAUGAUUUUGAUCCUGUAGAAUAUUUAUGGAGAACAGGAUUAUCAAGAUGUUCAUCAACAAGUAGUUAUAGUCCACAUCGAUCUCAGGAAAUUCAGAUCAAUAAUUGUUUUUAA